AUGCCUCGAAAGCUCAGGGCGGCUGCCCAAGCGGCUGCCAAGUCUAUGAAUCCCCCAGAAAAUGUUCCAACGUUACCAGACCUUUCGGACGAGGAAAUGGUAGAUGCGCCUCCGUCGCAGCCCUCGUCGCCUCCCAUUGAAGAACCAAAUUCCCCCGAUGACGAUCCCGAUGUGGAGCCCGAAGCCGACGACCAAGACGCGGAUGAAGCGCAGGCCGACACGCCAGGCGAAUCCAAGGGGGAAGAGAAUAACGCCCCAACUCCUGCUGCCGAAGACACCACGCAGAUUGAAGGCGACGCAGACACACCUACUCACGCUAUUGGUCGUCCCGCUAUCCCGCGCAAACGCCGUCUCGGUCGUCCCCCCAAGAACCGCCCACCAGACUGGGAUGCGCCAGAUGGCUCCCAAACCCCGAUUCGCGUCACAACUCCUGUCAAGCGCCGACGAGGUCGCCCCGCCGCAAGCGGUGGCCGCUGGGCACGUAAUCGCGGACCAGUCCACAACACCCAGGUCCCCGUCGACAAGGAAGGAAAUAUGAUGGAUGUUAUUGGAGAUGAAGUCGCACUCCCACCAAACCCGGUGGGUGACAGCAAGGUCGACGAGAAUGGUCAUCUCCUCGGAGGCCGCGAAUACCGUGUCCGCACAUUCACCAUCCUCAACCGUGAUGACAAGCUUUACAUGCUGUCAACCGAGCCAGCGCGAUGCAUCGGUUUCCGAGAUUCGUAUUUGUUCUUCCAAAAGCAUAAGAUGCUUUAUAAGAUCAUCAUUGAUGACGAUGCCAAGCGCGACCUGAUUGAGCGAGAUAUCAUCCCGCAUUCGUACAAGGGUCGUGCUAUCGGUGUGGUCACGGCGCGCUCAGUGUUCCGUGAGUUCGGCGCCAAGAUUGUCGUUGGCGGUAAGAAGAUCUCCGACGACUAUGAUGAGCAAGCUGCUCGGGAGCGCGGUGAUGUGGAGGGAGAUUUGGCUGUCCCAGAGGACAAGCUCCCCGCUCCUGGAGAGCCAUACAACCGCAAUCAGUAUGUCGCAUGGCAUGGUGCUAGUAGCGUGUACCAUACGAACGCACCUUCGGUGCCAAUGGCUGGUGGAAAGCCUCUCGAUCCCAAGAAGCGCCGGAUUCCGGUAACGGACGAGAAUUGGAUGCUUGAGCACGCUCGUGCUGCAAGCCAAUUCAACUCCAAGCUCGUUGAGAUCCGCCGCGAAACAAUGGACGGCAUUUACGACGUCCACACCAACACCAUGCAAUACCCGCAAAUCAUGCAACCAACGCACGCUCGCUGGGAGCGCGUACCACCCUCUGACGUGCGCACCACCGCCGAGCUCAUGUCCACGCUCAGCAUCACGAACAAGAAGUCUACCACAGACACACAGUCUGCAUCUGCCGAGCCCACUGAUUCCACCGACAAGCCUGACGAGCAGACCGAAAACACCACCAUCUUCCCACCCGUCGCCUCCCACAUCUCCGACCGCUACGUCGUCACAGACAUUGUCUACGAGGCACCUCCAUAUUCUAAUAUGGGCGUUCCCGGCCCAGACGGUGACCUGCGCAAUUUGAACUCCAAUGGUCUGGCCAGCAUCGCCAAUCCCAAGCACCCGGAGUUCAUGACGCCCGAGAUCCUUGCUCUUCUACCUGAUGACUGCAAGGACGCCUUGAUCGAUGCAGCAGCCCGUGAGAUCCAGUGGAAGUCGAAGUGGAACACCGAGGCUCAGGAUGGUAUGCGCGCACAGCCGUCAAAAAGCUACGCUUGGUACCCUUGA